CUCAUUGUAUACGGUCUGGUAUUAUUUCAGAUUUUUAGUAUCCGUUCGGUAUUUUUAUAUCUGCAGCCACACUUCAAUUUGACUUUGUUUUUGUUUCAACAUGGCAAAGUUUUUGGGCAUUAACCGGCUCACCAAGCUGUUCCAGAUCGUCCGGGAAGCCGGAGGUCUGAAGCAAGCGUACCUGAAGCUAUAUAGGAACGAUGAACUGAAGAUCGGAACCCUUGUGGGAAUCGACAAGUACGGCAACAAAUACUUCGAGAACCCUUACUACUUCUAUGGGCGUAAUCGCUGGAUCGAGUUUGCACCACAUGUCAACAUGGACUACGAUGGAUCCAUGAUUCCCGCCGAAUGGUACGGCUGGAUGCACUAUAAGACCGACCUGCCUCCCAUUCGCGAUGGAUGCCGCCCUAAACACAAGUGGAUCGCGGACCACAGCGAGAAUCUUUCCGGCACCAAGGAGGCUUACUACCCCUACACCACAACACCCAACAAGGUUGAGGCCUGGGAUCCCAAGGCGAAGAAAUAGAAUAGCUAAUUAUUAUUUUUAAAAUUCAAGUGCAUAUGGCUGCGAUUGAAAAGAAUACUUAAAUGUGUUAAUAAAUCCAUUUUCGUUGACUUGACACGCGAAGAACGAUUUGAGACAA